CGUCAAGUCCGUAAAUUACUGCUGUUCAUCUGUGGAUCAAAAGACAAGUACAGACAACUAAAGAGAUCUUCAUUCUCUUGAAUCACAUGUCAAGGAAAUCAGAUCUAUAUGUGAACAAGGUGGUAUGGAGAAACAUAACAUUACUGGUAUGCCACUCAGUCUGGCUUAUGACACCUUGAUAAGUCUGAUUGAACAUCUGAAAUCCUGUGCCGAUAUUGCCACAUCAAGAACGGUUAACUGGCAAAAGUUUUGUCAGAAAGAUGAUACUGUGUUGUACUUCCUCCUUCAAGCUGGCUUUCACUUGGAUGAAGGUGUGUCACCAACCUUGUUACAGCUGCUUGCAUGUGCGCUGUGUGGUGCCAAAGCAGCUACACAGAAUAGUGGUAAACAGAAAAAAGAAAAAGAAAAGGACAAAGAAGGUGAUGAAGGCCACAAGCAUGAUGAAGCCCUGUGUAAUAGCCUUGUACAGCAGCUUAAUAAAUAUGUUGACAGUGACAUACUGAGUCGAUUUGUACAGUGUUUCUUACUAGAAUCCAACAAUACUGCAGUUAGAUGGCAAGCACAUGGUCUUGUAUUACACAUAUUCAAGAAUUCAUCUGGUUCUCAGCAGAUGAUACUGGAUCUGAUGUGGAUGUUAUGGCCUGAGUUACCAAACUAUGGUAGAAAAGCAGCUCAGUUUGUUGAUCUGCUGGGUUAUUUUACACUUAAAACACAUGCAGAGAAAAAGUUUCAGGUGAAUGAUGCAGUAGAUAAAGCUGUAUCUGUUCUCAGAAUGCAAAAUGAAGUUCUUGCAAACCAUCCCAAUUCCAAUAUAUACAAUAUGUUAUCUGGUCUGGUAGAAUUUGAUGGAUACUAUCUGGAGAGUGACCCAUGUCUGGUUUGUAACAAUCCUGAAGUACCAUUUCAGAGCAUCAAACUGUCUGCAAUCAAAGUUGACUCGCGAUUCACGGCUAAUACACAGAUUGUUAAGCUCGUAAGCACACAUACAAUAUCAAAGAUAUCACUGCGAAUUGGUGACUUGAAGCGAAACAAAAUGGUUAGAAGUAUCAACUUCUACUACAACAACAGAACUGUGCAGUCUGUAGUGGAACUCAAAAAUAAGCCAUCCAUGUGGCAUAAAGCUAAGAAGUGUACAUUAUCUGCUGGACAAACUGAGCUCAAAGUAGAAUUUCCGUUACCAAUAGUAGCAGCUAACCUAAUGAUUGAAUAUGCAGACUUCUACGAUAACUUCCAAGCAUCGGCCGAAACAUUGCAGUGUCCCCGUUGUAGUGCCAGUGUGCCCGCUAAUCCAGGUGUCUGUGGUAACUGUGGGGAGAAUGUGUUCCAAUGCCACAAAUGCAGAGCAAUCAACUAUGAUGAGAAAGAUCCCUUUCUGUGUAAUUCCUGUGGAUUCUGCAAAUAUGCCAAAUUUGAUUAUACAUUAACUGGCAAACCCUGCUGUGCUGUGGAUCCUAUAGAAAAUGAAGACGAUAGAAAAAUGGCUGCCAUUUCUAUUAAUAAUCUACUGGAGAAAGCAGAUCGUGUUUACCGAACACUGGUAUCGCAGAAACCACAUCUGGAAUCCCUCUUGAUAAAGAUCAAUGAAUCAGGCGGAGAAAAACAACAGGAAGAAACUGUGAGUGGUUCUGUUGGUACCAGUAGUAGCAGUACAGUAAACAAAGCUAUACAGCAGCUUGCAUCAAGAUAUUGUGGAGACUGCAAAUCAUCUUUUGAUGAACUCAGUAAAAUCAUUCAGAAAGUACUUGCUUCUCGCAAGGAAUUAGUUGAAUAUGACAGAAGACAACGAGAAGCUGCAGGUAGUGUUGUUAGUAGUCCUGCAGUGAGUCCAAUACCAAGGCCAUCUAGCAGUGUGCGUACUAUGAUGGUUCCAAGUUUUGAUCACAAUAAGAAAGCCAGUAGUUCUACUAGUACUGUGCAUUGUUAUGGAUGUGCUUCAUCUGCUACUGAGCACUGUGUGACUUUGUUGAGAGCAUUGGCUUCCAAUCCUAUUACCAGACAGAUACUCAUUGAUAAGGGUCUGAUUAAAGAUUUAGUGGAGUAUAAUUUACGUCGUGGUUCUGCUCCUGUCAGAGCUGAUGUAAGAAAUCUACUAUGUCUGCUAACAAGAGACAACAAACAAGCAACAGAUCAACUCAAUGCAAUAUUGUUUGCUAGAGUCGCUGUUGCUAUUAGAAACCACCAAUCAACACAUGACAUGGCUGGUGCAGUACGCCAUGAAAUGUUAUUACUGACUGAUACCAUUCAAAGAGCUGACAGUUGCUGGGAAUUCCGCAUGAAAUGUGUAAUGCGGCUGUUUCUGAUGGCUGUUAAGAUGACAAGUCCUGUGGUAAUGGAAAGUGUCACAUUACCAUGUCUCAAGAUACUACAACAUAAAGUCAAACCAGCGACACCGACUAGUAAAAAACACAAGGAAAAGACAGUGGAAAGUUUGAGCAGUGUAAAACCCACCAGAACUGAUGUGUAUGUUGGGGCAGCUAAAUGGUUAGGAAAUAAGAAAGGAUUUUCGUAUGAAGAAUGGAAAAAACGUGCCCCACAGAAAGUUUCUGAAUCUUCCAAGAAAGCGGCUGCGAAGGAAAUAAGGGCCAAGUUCCUGAUGGAGAAAUAUGCAAGACGAUGGAAAUCUAAAAUGAGACGCACGUCAGCCUACCCCAUCAAGAUAUGUGGAGAUAAUUGGUUGCAGUCUGUUCUCUUUUCACCGUCUUCAAGAUCAGCCAGACAAGUUGCAUGUAAUAUUGUGGAAGCACUCUGCGAGGUUCAAAAUCGUAGACAGCAAGUAUUAGAUCUGUUGACUGCGUAUCUCGAUGAGUUACACACAGCUGGAGAGAGUGCCACAGAAUUCCUUUGUCUUUAUCAGAAACUGAUCAAACCUACUCACUGGAAACUCUACCUUGCUGCUAAAGGUGUUCUGCCACAUAUUGGUGAUCUGAUUGCCAAGGAAAUUGAUCACCUGACUGUGCUUGAGGAAACCACAUUAAGUUCAGAUUUAUCUCAAGGAUAUGCCCUUAAGAUGUUAACAGAAUUACUAUCAUCAUUUGUGGAACUGGAUACAAUCAAACAACACUACAAAGGUAAACUGGUUGGUACUGUACUCAAUGGUUAUCUGUCAUUGAGAAAACUAGUUGUACAGCGAACCAAGCUGGUUGACGAGACACAGGACAUGUUGCUUGAACUCCUGGAAGAAAUGACUACAGGUACCGAAUCUGAGACGAGAGCAUUCAUGUCUGUGUGUGUGGAUACAGUACAAAGGUACGGCGUGGAUGAUUUCAGGACACCAGUGUUCAUCUUUGAAAGACUAUGCAGUAUCAUAUAUCCAGAAGAGAAUGAUGUUGGUGAAUUCUUCAUGACACUAGAAAAGGAUCCGCAACAGGAAGAUUUCUUACAAGGUCGUAUGCAGGGCAAUCCAUACAGCUCUAAUGAACCCAGACUUGGACCACUCAUGAGAGAUGUCAAGAAUAAAAUAUGUCAAGAUUGUGAGUUAAUUGCAUUGUUGGAAGAUGAUAAUGGAAUGGAGCUGCUUGUACAGAAUAAAAUUAUCAGUCUGGAUUUACCAGUAAAGGAAGUGUACAAGAAAAUAUGGUGUCAAGAAAAUGAGGGUGAACCAAUGCGUAUAGUUUACAGGAUGAGAGGGUUGCUAGGCGAUGCUACAGAAGAUAUUGUAGAUUCAUUAGAUAACACCAAAGGAGAUGAAGAAGUAGACAAUGAGGCUGUUUACAAGAUGUCUUCAGUGAUGGCAGAGUGUGGAGGUCUGGAAGUGAUGCUACAAAGAUUGGCUGUUAUAAAAGAUUUAGUUCGUGGCAAACAGUUACUGACUGUACUACUAAAGUUAUUUGGUUUCUGUGUUAGGGUGAAUGUGAACAGAAAGUACUUGAUUGAGCCUGGUUUAAAUACCAUUAAUAUAAUGCUAUCAACGCUCAAUAUGAUUCUAAUAGCAUGUGAAAGUGAACAAGGUGGCGGUAGUGGCGUGGCACAAUUAGCCGAACAGUUGAUGGAAAUAAUGGAAAUCAUCUCACAAGAGGCUAACCAGCAAGAUACCUCUAUGCUACUUUUUGGUGAUCGUGCCCAAUUGGUGAUGUUAUUGGAGAGAAUUAACAGCCCGUUUGUGAGAUCAAACACCAGCGUACUUCAAGGAUUAAUGCGUUUGAUACCAUAUCUGACGUAUGGAGCUAGGGACAAGAUGCAGACAUUAGUCAAUUACUUCAAACCAUAUGUGGAUUUUAACAAAUUUGAUGAGGAACAUACUCAAGAUGAAGAGAUUCAUUUGGACUGUUUCUGUGUAGUAGCAGCUGGUAUUGUGAAUGCUGAAUUAUUGUUUUUACUUAUUUAUAGUGUUGACUCAGCAGCAUGGAAAGAUUUCAUAGCUAAGCCAUCUCUACCAUUUGUAUUGAAGUUACUGACUGGUCUAUGUAAUGGACAUGAACAGACACAGAAAUUGGUUGGAGAUGAGUGUGUUCCAGCCAUACAUAGGUUGGAACAGGUUUCCAGUGAAGAAGGUGUGGGUUCAUUGGCUGAGAAUCUUAUGGAAGCACUCAAAGAUAACCCUAGUGUUGCUAAAAAGAUCAAAGAAGUGAGAGAACAGACCAAAGCAGAAAAGAAGAGAUUGGCCAUGGCAAUGAGACAAAAACAACUUGGUGCUUUAGGAAUGUCUACGAAUGAAAAGGGACAGGUAACAGCUAAAAGUGCAUCCAAGUUAUUGGAAGAUUUAGUAGAGGAAUCUGGAUUGACGUGUUGUAUUUGUAGGGAAGGAUACAAAUACCAAUCAAGUAAGGUUCUUGGAAUUUAUACGUUUACCAAACACUGUAACUUAGAAGAUUUUGAAAACAAACCUCGCAAAGUACAAGGGUACUCCACUGUGUCUCAUUUCAAUAUUGUACACUAUGAUUGUCACAUGUCAGCUGUCAGACAUGCCAGAGGACGGGAAGAAUGGGAGAGUGCUGCAUUACAGAAUGCUAAUACAAAAUGUAACGGUUUAUUGCCUUUAUGGGGACCACAGGUUCCUGAGUCAGCAUUUGCUAGCUGUUUAGCUCGACAUAAUACAUAUUUGCAAGAAUGUACCGGACAUCGUGAGCCUACAUACUAUACAACUGUGCAUGAUAUUAAAUUACUGAUGCAGAGGUUUUCAACUGAGAAGUCUUUUAGUGAUGAGAGUGGUGGUGGUGGUCGGCAAAGUAACAUGCAUUUAGUUGCAUAUAUGAUGCAUAUGGCACUAUAUGUAUUAAACACAACACGUUCUGUUCCCAGAGAAGAGAAGAAUGUGAGUAAUUUCCUGAAAGCUAAUAAAGAGAAAUGGGUGGAAAAUUGUUUUGAAGUUGAUGGCCCACUGUAUUUUGCCAUGCUUUCAAUGUUGGUGAAUGGUCAAGACAAAUGGCAGACUAACAGACUGAUGUUUCUGAAGAGAUUACUAGUAAUGUCACAUGUACGCAAAGCACAUCCUGGUGGAACAACUAAACUGACAGACAAGGUGGUACGAGAGUUUACUGAAUACAAGCCAGAACUCAUUAUCUAUGCUCUGAUAGAUGGCUUCUAUACCAUCGUAUUCAGAAAUGUUAGUAUGUCUAGUAAUGAAAAUUGGUCAUCAGCGCUAGCUGAGUAUAUUCGACAGAAUGAUGAGGCGUUACUUAAAGGAUCCGAAAAACUUUUGUCUUACUAUGAGGACUUGAAACCGACCGAAUCCUUCCGUGAAUUCUGUGACAUUGUUGGUCUUCUCGGAGAUGUCAGUAAUCCAGAUACUUUCAUUGCAGAGCUUCUUAAUGACUUACCGUGAAUCAAUAGUAAAAUGUGACGCACUGUUCCUCACAUUAUAAAUUCUAAUGUAUGAAUGUACAACUAUAUUGACUUUAUUAAUUCUGCAUUUUACUAGUAUAAUUUAUGGUCAGGUGUAGCUAGAUAUGUAUUACACAUCAGUGUUUUUGCUUUUCACAUCACAUGUUGUGACAAUGCUUGCUAUCAAUUUAACUGCUUUUAGAAUUGAUCAUUUCACUGUAGGGAGGUGGGGCUUGCAUGUUCAUGCUUUUUAAAGCUAUGUUGUCAUCACUCGAGUGAAUGAAUAUUCUUAUGUUAAGUUAUAAUAUUGUUGGAAUUCUGAGGGUAACUUGAUUUGAAGUUUUUCUGCGUGUGUACUUAAUGAUUAGUUGAAUGAUCAUACUGCUUUUUAUUCUGAUUCCAACUGAUUCACAUCUUUUCUAAUCAACAUUACGUGUUACUAUCAUUACUGUAUUGUUUCACAUGUCAGAACAACUACCUGGUCACUGGUUUGUUAUGCGUGGCGAGAGAUUGUUACAUGAUUAGAACAAGUUAGGUCAAACCAACAGAAGGGUGCAUCAAACUUUUCUUACAAUCAUGUAUAUUGACAAAUAGAAAACUUUUUCUAAAAAAAUAUAAGAACUGACACAGACAGUGGUGUAUGUCAGAAUACAGUUGUUGUUCCAUUUCUAUUGCAUGGUAUAAUAAUAAUCUUGAAACAUGCAGAACAAACCACAAUAUGUUAUAUAAGAAAUAUACUUUAUUGUACUACUAUCUUGAGAGAAACUUCCAGCCAACUCUUACCUCCUCCUCUCUUCAAGGGAAAUGUUGCUUAGAACUAAAUAAUUUUUUUAGCCUUUGUCAAUGAUUAUAUUGUUUUCAUUUGCACCACAGCAUGUAGUAAUGUACUUUAUUUGAAGGUUUACCAGUCUGAGAGUUGCUGAAUAAUAACAUGUUACAACUGCUCAAAAAAAAUGCCAUAUUUUGGUGAAUUAUUCACAAUUGUGUGUAGCAGUGAUAUUUUCUCUGCUGUCCAACGACAUGAAGUGUCAGAGUCUUCGUUGAAUUUUGUUCUCACUAAUGCUAUAAAAUCUUAAAAAUUGUUAGCAGUGAAAUUGAAAUGUUUUACAGUAGUCAAUUAUAGAGCAGUUGUUUAUACAAACCUUACUAAACAUAUUAUUCUCUUCUUGGAUGUUCCUGUCAUAAAUCUUGUAUUGAAUUUGAAGCCAUGUAAUAACAGACUUAGAGACCUUGAAGAAUUAAUGUGUAUCUACAUCGAUAUGUUGAGGUUUAUACAACUUGGAUUUUUUAUUUUACUUGCUACAUGCUGUUUGUCUAACAUGCUUUAUAGAUGCCAAUAAAUUGU